GGCAGGUGAUCCGCGGCCGGAGAUUGGCAAAGCCCCGAAAAGAAAGCGAACAGCGGGUUGGCCAACGCUUGGGCGGGAAGGCGGAGCUUGGGCGAUCGUUGGCCUCUAGAGGGGAAGUAGGCGUGGCUUUCUCUUUCCAGAGUCUGAAAAGGUUGUUGUAGGCCGUGCGUGACGUCACUUCCUGGUCCGUCACCCGGCAUGUUCCCCGCUUCCGGCUGAGGGUUGCAAGCGGUGCCUCGGCGCCCGGCGGCGGCUUUGAGCAGGUGCCGCAGCAAUGGAGCUCGAGGCGGAGCGAGAGAAAAUCAGACGGGAGAUCGAAGAGCUGGAGAGGAGUUUGGGCCUAGUCGUUCCCUCGGAGGGAAUUGAAGAACUGGACUCCAGCCUGGAAUCUGGCUCUGAAGAGGAAGAUGACCUGGAAGACGACGAAUCCGAUACUCAACUUGACCUGGAGGUGGAACCAGGUGGAGAGAAAGGUGAAGAUGGGGAAGAUGAGGAGGUUGACCUACCCCAAACCCCGGAAACCUGCCUCCAGAUGAACCUGGUUUAUCAGGAAGUGAUCCAGGAGAAGAUUGAAGAGAUCAAGAGUCUCCUUGACGAAAAUAAAAAGCAGCAGGAAAAACUCACCUGGGAGCUGGCUGGAACAAAAGGGGUGAAAUCCAGCGAUGGGAAAUCCUUGCCAGCAAACAUGUUUUUGGGCCAUUUUAUGAAGCCAUAUUUUAAGGACAAAACAUCAGGGAUUGGUCCCCCCGCCAACAACGAUGCCCGAGAAAAGGCACGGCAAGGCAUCAAGUCUUUCGAGGAGCUGAUCACUGUCAAAUGGAAGAGCCGAGAGAAACAGCUCCUGCGACAGGCCGUGGUGAGCGAUCGCUUACAGCAUCUGCUGCAGCCAAAGCUACUGAAGGUUGAGUAUCUGAAUGAAAAACGGGAGAAAUCCAGGGAUGAGAUGGAAAAGCAGAUCUUGGCGAAGCAGAUCCAGGAAACAGAACGUGAAAUAAGUGAAAUCAACAUGCUUCCAGAAGAAAUUUUGCUGGGAAACAGACACGAUGAACACGACUGGGACAAGAUUGCCAACAUCAGUUUUGAAGGAACACGCAACGCAAGCGAGCUGAGGAAAUACUGGCAAAACUACGAGCAUCCCAGUAUCAACAAGAAGGAAUGGAGUGAGGAGGAGGUGGAGAAAUUGAAGGAAACAGCUGUCCGGCAGGGCGGUCUGCAUUGGGAAGCAAUCGCCCAAGAGCUGGGGACGGAGCGCACAGCCUUCCAGUGCCUCCAGAAGUUCCAGUCCUACAACAGAGAUUUCAAACGGAGCGAAUGGAGCCCCGAAGAAGAUCAGAUGCUCAGGCAGCUCGUGCAGGAAAUGCGAAUCGGGAAGCACAUUCCCUACCGGAAAAUUGCAUACUACAUGGAGGGGAGGGACUCUGCCCAGCUGAUCUACAGGUGGACCAAGCGAGUGGACCCCAGCUUAAAGCGAGGCGCCUGGACGCCAAAGGAGGAUGCUUUGCUCCUGAAAGCCGUGGCAAAGUACGGAGAGCGGGACUGGUAUAAAAUCCGGGCUGAGGUGCCCGGCAGGAACGACCUGCAAUGCCGAGACAGGUACUUGCACGCCUUGCACUACGACAUAAAGAAGGGGAGAUGGAGCGAAGAGGAGGAAAAGAAGCUGAUUGAGCUAACCGAAAAAUACGGCAGGGGCCACUGGGCAAAAAUCGCCUCGGAGUUACCGCACCGCUCAGGAGCUCAGUGCCUGAGCAAAUGGAAAAUCCUGCUGGGAUACCGGAGGUACAGGAGGAAGAAACAAGGGAGCAGACGUCAUACGAGGCGCAGACGUGUCCGCCGAUGCAGCUCCAGCCUUUCCGAGUCCAGCAGUGAAUAUUCAGAGCUGGAUUUGGAUGGGGACGGUGCUGAGGAGAAGGACGAGGGGCCCAAGGACCAUCAGCCCAAAGGGGCAGGUCGCUGGAGAGUUCCCAGCCUGGAUCUCUGGGUCCCUGCCAGGAAAGAGCUGUCUGAAGUCAACCCUGGAGGGUUGCCUGCGGUCACCCUGCUUUCCAAAGGUUUUGACGUCAACAGGAAACGAAGGCUGGACUCGGGGGCUCUGCCGGGUCCAGAAGACGGACAGAGGACCGAGCAUCUUGUUGCCCUCAGCCCGGAGAUUCCAGAAUUGGCUCAAAUGAAAGGGAACGAGAAUUCUGGAAACGCCAACGAUGCCUGGAGGGUUUCCCUGGCUUAUGUGAAACGAGUCUUGAGGAGGAACAGCUAUGAGCAGCAGAGGAGAAACCGGGAAAUCAGAAGAAAGAAACGCUUUGCUUCCAGCUCCUCUGUUGGCCCCAGAAGUUCCCAGUUGGCUCCACCGGCCAGUGUGCCGAAUGGAGCCGGCCGGCAGAAGGAUGGAAUGGGGAAGACCACCCUCUACCGGAGAUUGAUGGUGGCUGUCACGCCCUGGGCUGGGAACAUGGUGCAGGAGUGGGCCCUCCGGAUGAAGGAGGCCGCUUCCCGCAAGUCAAAAGCGGACUUGAUCUUCAGGCAGCUGCAGACGGCCCACCUCACAAGCACACCUUUGUUCACGCUUCUGAUUCAGCUCCUUCACAUCGAUGUGGAUGGCUGCAUGAAAGUGAUUCAGAAGAGAAAAUCCAGGCAGCCAGAGCUGCUGAAGGCCAUCGUCACAACCGUGGGCAACAGCAAGCAGCCCUCGUCUUCACAGGAUGCCAAAGCUCAGCCCAGCCUCCUAGCGGCCAGUGUCCAGCCCAACAAGAAGCUGAUUCCUCUGAAAGCUAAAGAGGGGCCCGUGCCCACCAACACAUGGAAGGCCCGUUCGCCACCUGGCCCGGCGCCCAAGCCGAAAACCGUCUCAGAGCUGCUGCGGGAGAAGAGGCAGCGCGAGCUGGCUGCCAGGAAGGCUGCCCAGAAGAGGGUCUUCCUCGCCCCCCAGCUGCUCCUCUCUACCUCUGUAAUGGUCCCACAGACAAGGGGUCCCAUUGCCCCGUUGGCCAACUGCCCCCACGCUCCCACAGGCAGCCAGGCGUCUCCAGGGCCGCCUCCUGCUUCAGCUCCCAUGCCUCUGGGGCCAUUGCCUGGAAGGGACUUGGCAUCUCCCACGGACCUGGCGGGGGGCUCUCGGGAGAGGACCCUUCCCUGCAACGGAAACAAGGAUGAGGCCGCUAGAGAAGAAGGCAGAGAUGGCAGCCAAGAGAGCAUUUCAGCUGGGAGGGAUCCCGAUGUGGCCAGAGCACCUGCUGGGCCUCCUGCUAACGAGAACACCACCCUGGCAGACACGCUUUGCCCCUCUUCAGCCUCUGGUUCUUUACCCCACCUCCCUUUGGUAGCUGCCCCAUCACAGCCCAAUACAGUUGCCCAACCCACCUUGCCCAUCAGCUGGGUGCUGACCCCCCAAGGCCUUCUCCCAGUCACCCUGGUGAGCAUCCCCAGUCAAGGAAAGCCGCUGGCCAGUGGCUCUGGUGCUCCUAGCCAGUCUGCAGAGACUUUGGUCAAGAUCCCCACCCCGACUGGGGGGGUUCCGGUGGCAGAGGGACCCCCAGUACAAGUGGGCCUUCCUUCCAGCUGCCCACAGAACGAAGCAAGCGCUCGGCCGACGGAAGGUCCCCCUCCUCCUCCUCCUCUGCCGCUUCUUGGGAACUCCGCGGAGCCAGGGUGCUCUUCAGUCCCUGCUGGCGCCGGGGCACCUUCCUUGCCUUGCACUGUCUCUGGGGGGACUGCAGCCAGCACCUCCAGCUCAGAGGCUUUGCCCCCGCCCCAGGCGCAUCAAGACUCGGCCGUGCGAAAUAGCCCUUCUGACCCAGCACUGCCCUUUCCGCGGGCCUGCCCCAUGCCCCGUCCACCCCAGGAGGGCACGGCCUUCCCCCUUUCUCGCCUCCUUUCUCUAGAAGCAGAGCCGACAGUGAAAGCGUGGGCCAAGGUGGGCCGGGAGGUGAGGGUUCCCUCGCUGGGAAGGGGCCUGCCAUAUUUGCCCCCGUUUCUCUGCAGUUUGAAAACCCUCUCGGCGUUGCUGCUGAACAAACAGUCCCUGGAGCACAGCGCUGCCUCCCUUCUGGCCCCCGAAGGGCAGCGGGCAGAGCCCAGCCAGCCAGACCUGGAGGCCCUGAGGCAGUUGGUGCGCCAGAAGCUCCAGGACAACCCUGCCUAUCGGCUCCUGAGAGGACGGUUCUUGGCGGCCUUCAGUUUCCCAGCUGCUCUGGCUGCGCUGCCCCCUCCCCGGAUGAACACGACCCUCUCGGGGGACAGGUGGUGGGAGAGCAGCCAGGAAGAAGAUUCCAGCUCGUCUUUGGAAGAGGGAGAGGAAGAAGGAGGAGAGGAGGAGGAGGCUGAGAGAGAUCCUCACGAGGCACUCGGAGAGGCCCCUGCUGAGACAACGGAGGCCAAUGAGGAACUGGAGCAGCCUGGAGCAGAUGUCGACUCCGACCACAGCAGCCCAGUCAGGAUCCGAAGAAGUAGGCGCCUCCAGAAAGGCAGAGUCCCUCUGUGAUGGCAGCGGCCCCUGCGGUUCCACGGUUCUCUUUAUUCCUAAACUCCAACGCGAAGAUUUCUGCUGCAUUUCUGACCACAUGAUAGGCAACAUCUCCUGACUUUGGAUGCAGGGAAAUUGGCCUUCUAAAGCAGCCUUCCCCAAUCUGGCAUAACCACACAGGGUUUGUGGUUGUGGCUUCCAGAAUUUCCCAGCCGGCAUGGUCAACACUCAGAAUUCUGGGACUUUGGGGGGUGGCAACUUGAGGAGGUUGACCUGGCAUGAGUCCUAGUUGUCUAACUGCAUUGUGAAUACCCGCACUGUGCGGCAAAUUUUUUGCUCUUAUCUGUGACAGUGGGACUGCGCCAACGUGCUAGAUCUGGUGUUAAGCCAGGAUAAGGGUUUGUUUUGUUGGGGCAUGUCACUUUCUGUGUUUGGUUAACCACAGGGUGGAACCAAGUGUGUUGUGUGACUGCAGCCGAGACACAGCCCUGCAACUCAUAGGACUUUUCGACAGCUCCCUUCUUGCAGGCGUCCUUCUCCUGGAGCUGCUUCUCCCGAGGAGACCGUUUGCACCAACUCCCAGAGAUACUUCGACCCAGUGAUGGGAGUGAGCUUCAGGGAAAGGAGAAGUUAUUGGCAGCUGCCAUGUUGAAUUGAGGAAGUCCUUGAGGAAGCUAUUUGGGUUUCUCAUUUUGCUCUCCAGAGUGAUACACGGUCACAGCCAGCUACUCGUGCAGAAAGGAAGCAAAUGUAGUUAUGUUUCUCAGACAGCUGCUUCAGUUGAAUCCCUAUAGACCUGUGCGUGAGCAAGCAUAUAAUGGGCAGAGUUGAAUUUCUCUCUCUUGCAUUAAAAUCUUUGUUUCAUAA